AUGCUGCAGACAGUCCACGCUAGCAACACUUCUCGUUCUACCUCUACUCACGGCCCCACAACAUCGGUUUCUCCAAGUCCCAGUUGUCGCCGUGACACCUGUGAGUUCUGUGGCAAGGUGUUCCGCAAUUGCUCCAACCUCACUGUGCACCGACGCAGCCAUACAGGCGAGAAACCAUAUCGCUGUAAACUCUGCUCGUAUGCCUGCGCUCAGUCCUCCAAGUUGACAAGGCAUCUGCGCACGCAUGCGGCCAACGGACAUGUAGAUUCCGAGGCCUGGGCUCAGCUGCACGAGAAACCCUGUCUGCAACAAGGGACUAGGCAAGAGGACCGGACGUUGUACAGAACUCAGACCGAAUCACUGGGUCCACAAACAAAGAGGAUGGCCAACCGUCAGGCGGUCAUCCGCCACCGCAGAUUGAGAGAGUCCACGGAGACUUUGGCUCUAGCCAACCGUGACACGGGCUGUAGACAAGUUGAUAAAUGUGGUGCUCCAUGUGCCCUUCCAGAAUCAUCCUCUCCUCAACUUUCUCGGUCUCUUCAGUCUUCAUCUUAUUUGGCUUCUUAA